GUCACAGACAGUCACGCAUGCAUGUCUUCAUCUCCUCCACCAACGGAACCGCCGUCCGUAUCUGAACUGCGCAAGCUUUUGAAAGAAACGCUGCGAAUAAGAUCCCAGGAUGGACGUAUAUUUGUCGGGACUUUCAUGGGAACAGAUCAGCUAUUAAACAUCCUCCUCCUCAACACAGAGGAAUAUCGCAUUGGCACGGAAGAGUACCCCAACGGCAGAUUUGUGGGACAAGUCAUGAUCCCGUGGAAGCUGGUGAUCAGCGCAGAAAAGGCAGGGAAUGGAGAGAAAACAGGGAAUCACCAUAAUGAAGCCAGCCUUUAUAUGUGAUUGUCAAGGUAGCAUGAUGGCUCCACAUAUUAUCCAUUACGCGAAUUGAGAAAUGAGGGGUUAUAUCUAUCCCACAGGCCUCUAGCACUCUAGUGCUAAGCCUAUUUAAUUGUCCAAGAUAAAGCGGGGAAAUAGCGAACGUGGUAUCACGGGGUGUAGUAGGGUAGUUAAAAGCAUAUGAAUCAAUUCUUGUACUUGUCCUUGUAAAUCCAUGCCAAUCCAACAUCACUGGCUCCUUGCGCAACCUA